UAGCUACCUACCCGGUGUCCUCGCCGCUGCCAACACAACCGACCUCCAACAGACUGCUUCGUGGCUUAGUAUGAGAGGGGAACAGGUAGCCGACAUGCGCCCCCGCCUCACAUGAUACCGGCGUCCAGUUGAGUGUUCACGUUUGCUAGCUCCGUUGCUAAUUGUGCCGGGGCACACAAGAGGCUCGCCACCGCUAGCAGCCGCAGCCGCUACGGGUAGUCUUGACUAUAGCCGCCUCCCGCCGCUAGCUACAAGUUCCUCAUCGCGUCCGUGGAGGAGGCAGCGUUAGCCGCGGCCAGAACACACCGGGGCGGCGGAUACAUGUCUCCCGCUGAACCGCGAGGCGAGCCACGACGGGGACAUCUCGCAGUUCAUGUUUCGCCAAGAAGUCAGUGCGACGUCUUUUAUUCCAUCUUGUUCGUAUCUUUUCCAACACGAGAAGAGGAAUAUGUCCCGGUAUAACAUAUACAGCCUGCUCGACUGGAUCUACGGCGGCGUGGACCCGAAGUUCGAGGGCAACGGGGGGCCCGAGUGCGCCGCCUUCCUCGCGCCGCAGCAGCGCGUCAGCGAGAGUCUGGUCAUCGUCCUCGUCUCGCUGGUGGAGAUCGGCGUGGCGCUGAGCAAGAUCAACCUGUCCAAGGAGCUCCGGGCGGCGGGGAAGGACUGCGCGAGGGCGAAGGAGGACAGCCUGGGCAAGAACCUGUUGCUGGUCGCCCUGUGCAUGACGUUCGGGGUGGAGGUCGGAUUCAAAUUCGCCACCAAGACCGUGAUAUACCUGCUGAAUCCAUGUCAUGUGGUGACCAUGGUCCAGAUCUUCCUGCUGGCCUGCCCGCCAUGUAAAUCAGCAAUGGUUAUAUUUAGGCUGCAGGUCCACAUGUUGAAUGGUGCUCUACUGGCUUUAAUGUUCCCCGUAGUGAACACCAGACUGCUCCCGUUUGAGAAGGAGAUCUACUACAUCCAGCACUCCAUGCUCUACCUGGUGCCUUUUUACCUUCUCAGGAAAGGAGGUGUGUACAAGCCCGAGCCUCUGGGGGACAUGUGGUGGGCGCUUCUCUCAACAGGCAUCCUCUUCCUCUACCACUUCCUCUUCCUGCAGCUCCUCGGCCUGGCAACCGAGGUCAACCUGAACAACAUGCUGUGCCCGGCCGUGUCCGAUCCCUUUUACGGGCCCUGGUACCGGGUUUGGGCGACGGGCCACCAGACCCUGCUGACUCUCGUUCACGGGAAGUUCCUCACACUCGUGUCGCAGCACACCGGCUCCGUCUGCAGAUUUCUGCUGGACGCUCUCCGACUGCGCAGCAAGAAAGUUGACUGAAUGUUUUUUUGCAAAGCUGCCCAGAGACCAUAGCCUUUCACUCUCAAUGCCUGCUCGUGCAGAUUCUUUGUCUGUUUGUUUGUUUGUUUGUUUUUAAAGAAACAUUUUUAAUGCAUCUUUUUAGACUUAAUCAUCUGUUUUACUGAAGCAAGUGAGCAUUUCAGGGCCAGUGAAUCAAUGUGUCAUUCUUUUAGUGUUGUAGUUGGCUUGCAUACGUACUUGCAUGGACAAACAUAAUAGGCAUUUAAAGGCUGGUAGUUAGCAUUGUGGAGUUAUCCAGAUCUAGCCUCUUUUUUUUCUUCUUUUUUUUUGGAGGGGGAAUUACAAUUUCCAGAAAUAUGUAAGUGAAUUUGUUGGUGAUUUCUAAAGCUGCCUUUUUGUUUCUGUUUUAACAACAGAAAAAACAAGAGUCACCGAAAAAUGUCACUGCGGAUCUGCAGUUAAACUUUCAGUACUUCAGGUGGUAGUUUUUGCUCGAUCUAUGUUAUGUUUGUAAAGCUGCCAUUUUAUUUGUCUCGGAUUGUGAAUGUGUGCUGUCGUAAACGUUAUCGCUUGUUUAGUCUGAGGAUUUUUGUUUUGACACGUACGGUCACUUGUUGUCGUGACUGGAAAAAAAGAAAGAAAUGUAUUUAUGGCGUCCCUCUGUUCUCACUUGAAUACACACAUGUACAGGUUGGCGAAAGCAUCACAGUAAGUGGCCUCUACGGUGUUUCUGUCUCCAGCCCAUUCCGAUCAUUCCAGUCGAGAUAAUCAAAGGACACAAGGAUGUCUAACGUGCUGAGAUAUCAACGAUGGAUGAGGAUUUGUGGAACUACACUGGGGUGUCGUUAUUACCUCUGCCAAGGAGGUUGUGUUUUGUAUUUUUUAUUCCGUUACUUUAUGAUGUCGGACCACAUUCAGUGAAGUAUGAACACCAGUGGGUCGAAUGAAUGUGAUGUUUGCUAAAAUGGAAGAACUUUAAGAAAAUAAGUCUCUGGGCUGGAUUUGUUCAUAAAGACACUUGAAUACAAUUUGUUGCUUGAUCCUCAAGUUUAAUCUCACAAGGCAUCCCUGAAUUCACUCCAGCGCAAUAUCUGCAAUGAGUCACAACCUCGGUUUUCAUACAAAGAAAAAAGAAUUGCAUCAGAUGAUCUGCAUGAGGUCACUUUGAGUCAUCCAUUGACUGUCCAUGUGAAAGAAAGUAUUACGUAAUGUUGAUAAUUGGAAUAUGUCAGUCUGGGUAUAACAUUUCAAGUACGAGGGCUGUGUUUAUUACUGUAGCAUUUACUGUACUCCACUGUAAAGGAAGGGAUGAGACUUUUGUAUUUUUGCUGGUUCGAGUGUAUGUGCUGUAUUGACAAUUAAAGUAAUGUCGACCA